AUGGGUAGGUCGAAUAAAGACAGGCUCAUUCGAGAGCCAAGGACUCUUCGUCAUCAACAGGCAAGACAUCUCCAUGGCGGACCACCCAUGUAUCCCCAACCGCAGUCCCCUCACGUGGCCACGUACAGCCUGAACGGAGCAAAUUACUUUCCACAUCCAUGUAGCUACCGAGGUAAAAGCUCAGAUAGUCGGUACGGGAAUUCCGACGGUAGUGGUCUAGGGUCACGAUCAAAGCCAUCCUCCAAGUUAGAGGGAGAGGGAAAUUCCACCUCUCCUGUCUCCAAGACAUCGAACUCUAGAACCAAUGAAAGCAUCGGCGCAGAGUUGAAAGUCUCGCUUGCAGCGAAACAUUUAGCGGAUCAGAUCAGCGAGAGCAAGAAGUAUUGGGUCAAAUUUCAGAAGAAUUUCGAAGAAGAGGUGGCUGGCAUCAGGUAUUAUGUCGGUGAUGAUAUCCUUCAACAAAUAUGGCAAAAGAGAAUCGAGUACAAUAGCAAGUACAAGAAUGGGGAGACCAAAGACGACGAAGAGUUCAGCAUUCAACGGAUGAAAUUGGAAACAUGUCUAGACCAAGUAGACCAGGCUGCGAAGGCAUUUACUCGAUCCCGACAGACAAAUGAUCGCUCCAAUCAUGAUCCUCGACAUCUUGCUCUGGACAAGAUUCAUGGAGUUGGGGCGCUCGUUCUUAAAUUGGCCACGAAGUCUGCAUUGAACAGUGCGUCAUGCGUAGAUCUAGUGACGGAAGCAUCUAACCUCGAGAAGCUCGUGAAUUUGAAAAGUCCGGAUGCUCAAGUGUUGCACCAAUUCGACAAGCGAAAAGCCAAGGGCGCUGUGUCCGGUCACGGAAAUGAAAGUGCAAACUCGAAUGAUCCAACAUCUCGAGAAGCGGUGGAAUUGCUCAACCAGGAAAUAAUGAUCGAGACAGAGAGUAAAGAAGGAGGAGCUUGGUGCUAA